GAUGACUACGCCCGUACGACACGCCAAAGGAAGUGCUAGAUGGCGGUACAUCUCGGACGGCUACAGCAAAUACUGGUAUCUGAGGUCUGCCCUCCGUUGGCUAUCCAUCGUCGCCGCUGUGACUGGUUUGAUCGUGUUUGCUAUCGUGUACCAUGAUUGGGCAGACUAUAGGAAUAUCCAUACCCUCUACAUGGGUUCCAUACUCUUCAUCGUAGCUCCUCUUCUGUCUUUCGUGACCAGUGUAAUCGCGCUCACGCUUUUGUUCCUCUCACGGAGGAAGAUUAUCAUUAAUCCUGGAUGGCUUCUUAGUAUGGACCUCAUCACUGGCUUGCUACUAGCCUUAGAUCUGGCCAUCAAUGGCCAGUACUGGUCUGGUACGGGAUUUUCUGAUGGGCUAGGUCUGCUUCAGAUACCUUGGUGGUUCGGUCUGAUUCUGGGAGUUCUACAUUGCAUCCUGUUCCUGCUUGAAAUCUGGGAAGUGCAUGUUCAUCGGCGAAUGUCACGAGAACAGCGCAAGCUUAGCAGAUCUGACGAUGUUGAAGCCGGCGAUGCUGGUUCAAAGACAGAGUCUAUUAAACCUGACGUUGCACCAGAUGAUGUUGAGCUUCAAGGCACAACCUCAGCAACUCCAGAUGCGGCAGAGGUCACUGGUGUGUCCUCACACGUCGAGGUUCCAGAUACCUCUUCUCCUCGAACCGAGCUUCCAAACAGCGCUCUAGUCGAGAUGCCAGCUGCACUACCGGCCAAGAUAUUGGUAGAACUUCCCGAUGGACGGAUCUUGGAAUUACCUGAGGGAAGCCGUGUAGAACUUCCAGCUGAGCCCAUAGCGGAGCUACCUGACACUAGCAGAAAGUUGCGCAUCAACACACAACCAUAUGAUCUCGAUUCGGCAUCAACGGCGUCAACCGAGUGGUAUGGCAGCAGUCCGGUGGCUCCAUCAUACACAACGCGAGAG